AAGGGAUUCUUAUAUAUAAGUUUGUCUGAGGUUCCAAAAUUGGAGCUGAAUUAAACGAAAUGCAAAGAAGAUAGAAGAGUGUAGUAGCAAGCGAGGCAAUCAGGUGGAGGAGGAUGAACAAGACGAUGGAAGAGAACGAGAAAGCGUUUAAUGUUAAUGGAAGGGAAGUGAUACCUCUCCUCGCCCCAUUCAAAAUGGGAAAAUUCAAUCUAUCUCACAGGAUUGUUCUGGCACCGUUAACAAGAACGAGGUCAUACAACUUCAUGGCUCAGCCUCAUGCUGCUUUGUAUUAUUCUCAAAGAACAACAAAGGGUGGAUUUUUGAUUGGGGAAGCCUCGGGGGUGUCAGACACUGCACAAGGGUACCCAAAUACACCAGGAAUUUGGACAAGAGAACAAGUGGAAGCAUGGAAACCAAUUGUGAGAGCCGUUCAUGAAAAUGGGGGCAUAUUCUUUUGCCAACUCUGGCACGCCGGAAGAGUCUCCAACUAUGUAUACCAGCCAAAUGGGGAGCCCCCAAUUUCAAGCACGAACAAGGCGGUUCAAGGUAGCAGCACCCAAUACCCACCUCCACGUCGUCUAAGAACCGAUGAAAUCCCUGAGAUUGUCAAUGACUUCAGAAUGGCAGCCAAAAAUGCCAUAGAAGCAGGUUUUGACGGGGUAGAGAUACAUGGAGCUAAUGGAUACUUGCUAGAACAAUUUCUAAAGGACAAAGUGAACGACAGAGAUGAUGAGUAUGGAGGUAGCUUAGAAAAUCGUUGUCGGUUUCCACUAAUGGUUGUGAAGGCUGUAUGUGAUGACAUUGGAGCUGACAAAGUUGGUGUUAGGCUAUCCCCUUUCGCCAAUUAUUGUAAUUGUGUAGACUCUAAUCCUCAAGCGUUAGGCAUUUACAUGGCACAAUCCUUGAGCCAAUUGGGCAUUCUUUAUUGCCAUGUCAUUGAGCCCAGGAUGCUCACAAUGUUUGAAAAACAUGAGACAGACGUGUCCCUUUUGCCUAUUCGAAAGGCCUUCAACGGAACAUUUAUUGUUGCUGGUGGCUACAACAGGAGUGAGGGAAACAGAGUCAUAGCCAAUGGAGGUGCAGAUUUGGUGGCUUAUGGACGCCUGUUUUUGGCAAAUCCAGACCUGCCCAAAAGAUUUGAACUCGAUGUUGAGUUAAACAAGGCUGAUAGAAGCACUUUUUACACCACUGAUCCUGUUGUUGGAUAUACAGAUUAUCCAUUUCUUGAAAAUGAUUGUUAAAAGCACAUAUUAAAUUUUAUUUAGAUAAAUCUCUCUUGUAAUAAAGGAGCAUUUCAUUACUAUGAUAUAACAAGCUCCAAGCAAUAAUGUGCAAAUGUCCUACACCAAUCUUACUCAACCA